GCCGUGCUCGGGGCUUAGUAUCUCACGCGCGGCAGUUCAAGAACAUCAGACACGCUCAACAAACACUUGUUGCUUGACUGAUACAUUAUGGCGGGUAACGCGUCCCACGUAUUUCUUCUUAGAGAUAUACAUUACGCUAUACGUUUCCGAAGAAUGGCUCGAUUUACAGGGGUUCCCACAACGAUUUGUCACAUAUAAAAGAGUGGGUGGUAUUUUUACGUCAAAGAUGAACAGGCGAACGUCCAUCUAAAUCGUGUGGUAUCAGAUGCGGGGAGGCGUGGGGGAGGGAGCGGGGGAGAAAGCGUUAAUUCUUCCAGCUUUAGAGCCAGACGUAAUAUUUAAAACGUGGAUUGUUUUUCAAAUAAACUUUUAUAUGGACACGACAGCAUCUUAUCCUGCAUUAAUACUGCAUUGCAACUAGAAAGAAAACCAGUGGAGGCGGGCAAGGCCCCCGAUCACGUGAUACCGCCCCCCAACUCCGGGCGGAAGAGGCCAGCGACAGCGCUGCACGAAGCGAGUGGGCGGGCGCUCGUGCCCGGCUAAAAGAUGGCUGCUGGCGCCGGGCAGCCACCGCCUGGGAGGUUACUGUAAGGCCCGCAGCUCCCGCCAGCUCCCGCGGACUGCUGCCGCCUCCUUACCAUGAAGCCAGUAAGUCGUCGCACGCUGGACUGGAUUUAUUCAGUGUUGCUGCUUGCCAUCGUUUUAAUCUCCUGGGGCUGCAUCAUCUAUGCUUCGAUGGUGUCUGCAAGACGACAGCUAAGGAAGAAAUACCCAGACAAAAUCUUUGGGACGAAUGAAAAUUUGUAACUCUUCUGGAUUUAAUUAUCUGAAAAUACAGUUCUUUCCCUCAUGCUUAUGUAGAUAUAAAAAUAAAAUUCAUAAUGCAAAGUU